CUGUUGUUAAACAGUUUCUUACCGUAAGAGGGAGUUCAGACCUAGAUCUUUCCAGUUAAUCACACAACAAACUUAGCUCAUCGCAAUAAAAAGCUGCUCAGAGCCGACUGGUUCUUUUAGGCACUGAGUCGGAACAGGCUUCUCUCAGCCAGGCAUCUCGUCCAGUGGGAUCCGCCAGCGCGUCCGGCAGCACCAUGUGGGGGACCAAACUUCUGCCAGUCCUGCUGCUGCAGCAUGUCCUCCUCCAUCUCCUUCUGCUUCCCAUCGCCAUCCCCUAUGCAGAAGGACAGAAGAAAAGAAGAAACACACUUCAUGAAUUCAAAAAGUCAGCAAAGACUACUCUAAUUAAAGAAGACCCAUUACUGAAGAUAAAAACAAAAAAAAUGAACACUGCAGACCAAUGUGCCAAUAGAUGUAUUAGGAAUAAAGGACUUCCAUUCACUUGCAAGGCCUUUGUUUUUGAUAAAGCAAGGAAACGAUGCCUCUGGUUCCCUUUCAAUAGCAUGACAAGUGGAGUGAAAAAAGAGUUUGGUCAUGAAUUUGAUCUCUAUGAAAACAAAGACUACAUUAGAAACUGCAUCAUUGGUAAAGGAGGUAGCUACAAGGGAACGGUAUCUAUCACUAAGAGUGGCAUCAAAUGCCAACCCUGGAAUUCCAUGAUCCCUCAUGAACACAGCUUUUUGCCUUCGAGCUAUCGGGGUAAAGACCUACAGGAAAACUACUGUCGAAACCCUCGAGGGGAAGAAGGGGGACCUUGGUGUUUCACAAGCAAUCCAGAGGUACGCUACGAAGUCUGUGACAUUCCUCAGUGUUCAGAAGUUGAAUGCAUGACCUGCAAUGGGGAAAGUUAUCGAGGUCCCAUGGAUCACACAGAAUCAGGCAAGAUUUGUCAGCGUUGGGAUCAUCAGACACCACACCGGCACAAAUUCUUGCCAGAAAGAUAUCCCGACAAAGGCUUUGAUGAUAAUUAUUGCCGCAAUCCUGAUGGCAAGCCGAGGCCAUGGUGCUAUACUCUUGACCCUGACACCCCGUGGGAGUACUGUGCAAUUAAAAUGUGCGCUCAUGGUACUAUGAAUGACACAGAUGUCCCUAUGGAAACAACUGAAUGCAUUCAAGGUCAAGGAGAAGGCUACCGGGGCACCAUCAGUACUAUUUGGAAUGGAAUUCCAUGUCAGCGUUGGGAUUCCCAGUAUCCUCACCAGCAUGACAUAACUCCUGAAAAUUUCAAGUGCAAGGACCUAAGAGAAAAUUAUUGCCGAAAUCCAGAUGGGGCUGAGUCACCCUGGUGUUUUACCACUGAUCCAAACAUCCGAGUUGGCUACUGCUCCCAAAUUCCAAAAUGUGAUGUGUCAAGUGGACAAGAUUGUUAUCGUGGGAAUGGCAAAAAUUACAUGGGCAAUUUAUCCAAAACCCGAUCUGGACUAACGUGUUCGAUGUGGGAGAAGAACAUGGAAGACUUACACAGGCAUAUCUUCUGGGAACCAGAUGCUAGUAAGCUGAAUAAGAAUUACUGUCGGAAUCCUGAUGAUGAUGCCCAUGGUCCCUGGUGUUACACAGGAAAUCCUCUCAUUCCAUGGGAUUAUUGUCCUAUUUCUCGUUGUGAAGGUGAUACCACACCUACAAUAGUCAAUUUAGACCAUCCUGUAAUAUCUUGUGCCAAAACAAAGCAAUUACGAGUUGUAAAUGGAAUUCCAACGCGAACUAAUGUAGGAUGGAUGGUUAGUUUGAAAUACAGAAAUAAACAUAUCUGUGGAGGAUCAUUGAUAAAGGAAAGUUGGAUUCUUACGGCAAGACAAUGUUUCCCUUCUCGAAACAAAGACUUGAAAGAUUAUGAAGCUUGGCUUGGGAUUCAUGAUGUCCACGGAAAAGGAGAUGAGAAACGCAAACAGGUUCUAAAUGUGUCCCAGCUGGUAUAUGGCCCUGAAGGAUCAGAUCUGGUAUUACUGAAGCUUGCUAGGCCUGCUGUCCUGGAUGAUUUUGUUAGUACAAUCGAUUUACCUAAUUAUGGAUGCACCAUUCCUGAAAAAACCACUUGCAGUGUUUAUGGCUGGGGGUAUACUGGAUCCAUCAGCUUUGAUGGUCUGUUACGAGUAGCACAUCUUUAUAUUAUGGGAAAUGAGAAAUGCAGCCAAUACCAUCAAGGGAAGGUGACUCUGAAUGAGUCUGAAAUAUGUGCUGGAGCUGAAAACAUUGCUUCGGGACCAUGUGAGGGAGAUUACGGUGGCCCACUUGUUUGUGAACAACAUAAAAUGAGAAUGGUUCUUGGUGUCAUUGUUCCUGGUCGUGGAUGUGCCAUUCCAAAUCGUCCUGGCAUUUUUGUCCGAGUAGCAUAUUAUGCAAAAUGGAUACACAAAAUUAUAUUAACUUAUAAGAUACCACAGUCAUAGCUGAUGGAAUUUUGUCUGAAGCUUCAAUCAAUAGAAUUCUAUUUUACAUGAAGAUUUCGGAGAACGUGGAAUUAAAAUGUCACUUAAAGCAAUCCUAAGACAACUACUUGAGUGUCAUGUUUGUUAAGAUACUCAUUAAUAUUUAUGGGUGUUUUCUGUUGUUUUGUUUGUCAGUGUUAUUUUGUAAAUGUUGAAGUGAAUUAAGGUACAUGCAAGUGUAGUAACAUAUCUCCUGAAGAUACUUGAAUGGAUUAAAAACUGCAAAGGUAUAAUUGCUAGAUGAUAAAAGAUUUAUGGAAAAGUUCAAUUAAUCUCUCUACGCUGCUUUCCAAGGUUAGUUUAUGAAUAAACCGUAAGUUAAACAUUAUUUUAACCUCACGAAGACAAUUUAUACCUUUGUCCUUAACUUGUAACUCUAUAUUAAAUUAUAUUACCUUUCAUAUGUCAUACAUUAUAUUUCAUUCAUUUCUCUUCACUGUGUACCCUCUAAUACUGGUCCAUAUGCUUUCUACAAAAUCAUGUGCCCAACUAUGCAGACCUGGGUACACAUGUGCAUGCACUAGAGUUCAAAUCAUGGUAUAUCUAAUGUAACCUCUAAAUAUUCUGAAAGUGUGUUCCUGUAGUUUUUCCUUAAGAGAAAAAGAGAAAUUUAUAAAGACCAGUAGAAAUUUCAAGGAAAGGAGAAAGAAAGAAGUGACCAACUCAUUCUGUAUAUGUAAUCUGCAGAUGACCUCUCUACUGGUUGACAUUUAAGGUGUGGUCAUGACCCACAAAGUUAAGUAACACCUAAAAUCUAUGUGUUUAACUGUAUUUAUCAUCCUAGUCAUUGUGUAGUUUCUAAUUCUUAAAGGGAAGAGGGUUAUGUGUAUUAGUAUUAUUUCUUUCUUUUAAAUUUAGGGACCCUUAUUUAUGCAAAAUAUUUUUAGAUCUACUUUCCUAAAGUAUUUUCCUUAUUAUUCUUAGGUAAUUGUCUAACUGAAGCUUAAAAAAGUACUUAAGUAGGUUAAUUCUAAGACUUGCUGCUGUGAUUGGCUUGUAGCUCAUCUUCUUUAAAUUUUUAAAAAUUAUUUCAGAGGAAAAUUUCCAUGUUUCCAAAGAUUUGUAAAUAGACAAAAAAAACAGGAUACAUAUCUCAACCUAAAAGUUUUUUAGCCUAAUGAAACUUCACUCAAGUAAAGGAAAAAAAAAAAAUGUAAAAGGAAAAGAAAGGAACUAGCUUGUCUAAACUGACUUCAAUUAUUUUCUAAAGGGGAGUUAAAUCUUCAGAAUGAAAUAUCUUAUGAAAAUUUCUCCAUUUUAUCUUAUUUCAUUUUACAUAAAUCUUUCAAAUGCCAAGGGGAAUAUUCGUUCAAAUUUUGUAUUGUCUCAUAAUGCAAAAUUAUCAUAUUUGUUAUUGUAUUUGGCAUGAUCAACUAAAAAUCCUGUAUUUGUCAAGAAAUGAGACAACAAGGUCUAAUAGGAUAGGCUGUGAAUUUUCACAAAAUCACCUUGUACAAAUUUAGAAAUAAUUUUUUGAGUGAUUCCAAUCCAGUAUUCCCAUUUCUCUAAUUUGUUUCUCUUGAAUGAUAUCAAUUAAGACCAGAGAUCCAAACAAUGCUCAACGCUUCAUAGGACACUGUUCAAUCUUGAGUAAAACGCUCUUAAAUUUACUUGAAAGUUUAGUCCAGAGAGUACAGCAUAGCAAAUCCAGAAAUAACUAUUCAAAUCCAGAAUAUCUAUCCAGAUUGUGCCAUACAAAUUGAACAUAUUCUAAUAAAAUAUGUUCUGAUAUCAAGAAACAGUGAAAGUAAAGAAAGAUCUAAAAAGUGGUCAGUCCACAUUAUCUUCUUUGAUUAUAUUUUUCUUUCCUUAUGUGAUAUAUCAUUUUAAUAAAAACACUAGAAAUUUCAAAGGUAUAUUGUCCCCAAAUUAAAGAACUUUUCAGUUUUUUUCUCAAAGUGGUAAAAUUUGAUUAAAUCAUAUAUUAAUGAUAUUUAUAAAACAUUUAUGAAAUUCUAAUAUAUCUAAAUUCUCACAUUUUAAGAUAUUUCUUUCUUGUCUCUUUUCUAAAUUUCCAUGGAAAGAGAAAUAGGAAUAGAUACAAGAUGCAGCUAACUUUUUAGAUAUUUUGAACUCAAUGUUUUCCAUUCUAUUCCCAUUUUAUAAAUGUUUUCCAUUUAUUUCAUUUUGUUAAGACAUACCACCAAUAAAACAUCAGACAUGCUGCACAAAGCAGUCCUGGCUUUGAAAAGUUCCCUUUGUAAUAAGGGGAGAUCAGUAGACUUGACAGUAAAAGCAAGAUGAACAAGAUCCAUGCAAUUUUAGGUGGUAAGACAAUGAAUAAUCAUGUCAUUUUUCUCUGGAGAAAAAUACUAUUUCCUGGUCAUUCUUUUCUUAAUAAAUGACAAGAAAUGAAAACUACAACUUAUCCAAAAUCCAUUGUAUUUUGAGUAAUGGACAAACAGAUCUUUUAAUCUAGAAGUUUCAAUGUUAUUUUUUGUUUGGGCUGUUUGAAUAACGGUUAUGUGCUGUUGUAAUUGUGGACAUUUUCUUAUGUCUGCCAGGAAUAGUAACAUAAAAUUAAAAUAUUUGUCAUAAUGCCUCUGCCGUGCAGAAGGGAUGAUAAUCCUUUUGUAUACUUCUUUAAUUUUAUUGUAAAAUAUGUAAUGAGUUUUACCUAUUUGCUGUGGGCAGGUCCUCAGUAAAAUGGUUUAUAUUGAGUCAGUCUCUAGCAUUAAUAGGCUCCUGCUUGCUAUCUAAGUGUUUCAAACUAUGGGAAACGUGAGACACUGGAAGGCAAGAAAAAUAAACAAUAAUGGCAUGUGAUAGCAAAAUUGUAUUUCACUUAUUCCUGUGAAUAUUUCUUGUUGGUACCAAUGGUACUAUACAAAGUGAAUGUUAUAGCCACAACAUUCUCUUAGG